AACACCACAGAAAGCAGUCUGAAUAACAAGAGCGACCCAGGAGGUUUACAGUCAGAGGAGCAAAAUCAUCCAAAGCCCUUCACCAUUGUACCAUUGUUGUUGGAGAAUCACGAAGGGAAGUUAUGUGAAGAUCAGCGGCCAAGCACUAAGCGUCAGCUGUCUGCAGAAAGUGCAGCAAAGUCUGUCAGUGUAAGCAAGAGAAGCACUGUGAAGAAAAAACAAGCAGAGAUUGUAAAACCCCUCGGCAGCCCUGGCACGCAUCUACCUGCAGUCUGCUCCUCUCAGAGGAAACCCCGAAAACUGCUGUUCUCCAGUACUGAGAUCUUUAACAAGAUAGACACAUUCGCCAUUGAGAAAGGAAAAAAGCUGAGGGAGCAGGAAAUAUUCAACGCUCGGGAUAUUGCACGUGCAGUCACCGAAGGAUGCAGAAGUGAUCUGGAAAAACUCAGGGCUAUAUGGAUCUGGCUAUGCCAUAAUAUUGAGUAUGAUUUAGAGGGAUACCUUGGUCUUUCUGAAAAGAUCUGCUCGACCGAUGAGGUCAUAAGGCAGGGAAAGGGUGUAUGUAGUGGAUAUUCUUGCCUCUGUGUGGAAAUGUGCAGGGAUGUGGGUAUUGAGUGUGUGGAGGUGAGUGGGUACAGCAAAGGCAUGGGAUACCAGGCCGGGGACAGUUUAGCUGAGAAGCACUCCGAUCAUGAAUGGAAUGCUGUCUUCGUUGGGGGUCAGUGGUGGCUGCUUGAUGCUUGCUGGGGCGCUGGCACUGUCAACAUGAAAACCCAAACAUUUGUGAAGAGGUAUGAUGACUAUUAUUUCCUUACUGAACCCAGUGAGUUUAUAAACUCGCAUUUCCCCGAUGACCAGACGUGGCAACUACUUAGCACACCCAUCUCCAGGGAAGAGUUUGAAAUGAGACCCAUGAAGACCUCAGCAUUUUAUCAAUUUGGAUUGACCCUCAUACAACCCACGCAGUACAAAACAACCACAGACGAAGGGGAAGCGAUUGUGUCCAUGACCUUGUCCAGUCCACUGACCUUCACCUAUGAGAUGAGGCAGCGGGACCCUGAGACAGGAGCUCCAAAGCAGGAGCAGGUUGACAGCUCUUGUGGUCUUCUAUCAGUCACCCAUCAAGGGAUGAAGCUGCGUCUACUUCCCCCCAAACCCGGAGCUUACGAGGUGCAACUCUUUGCCCGCCGAGAAGGUGAGUCUGGUGAUUUGCGCUGGAUUUGCUCUCUUGAGCUGGAGUGUCCGAGCAUCCACCAGAGGCAGCCGUUGCCUGAUAACCCCUAUCAGAGCUGGGGAUUAAGAACCGGGGCAUUGGGACUAGGAGUCAAGAGCUGCAGUGCCAAAGGAGAAGAGACUCUAAAGGUGGGUGAGGAUGGGGAGUGCAAGGUGAUCCUACAAACAACACGACCUCUGAUGAUGGUGUGUGAACUUGUACACCAUCAGCUCGACGCUCCUAUGGCAAAGCGCUGCCUUGCAUAUCAAAUAGCAUCAGACCAGCUGGUGUGCAAUGUCAUUUGCCCGCACAAAGGAUUUUAUCGAUUGUCAGCAUUCGUGCGAGAUUACGACAACGCAAGCGAGACCUUUGAAAACGUUGGAAACUACUUGUUGCACUGUCAUGGCCGAGGGAUAAAUCAAAACAUGCUUUAUCCCGCCAACCUGGGCCUGUGGUGUGGUCCGGGGACGAGAACCCAAGAAGCCGGACUUUCCAACUUCAGCCACACGGGGGCGAUAGUGAACGCACCACAGGGCCGGUGCAACAUCACCUUCCACUGUGCAUCACCAGACCUUCAAAUACAUCCGGUGCUCUGCAGCGAAUAUCACAAGGACGCACGUUUCCCUCUCUCCCGAUAUGUGUUUUUGACAUCUACAAACACUAAGGUAACAGUGAGCGUGUGUACGCCUGGAGCUGGAGUCUAUCGCCUUGGGAUUUAUGGACGCAAAUCCCCCCAACAAGACUAUAUGUUGCUGUGUGACUACAUUAUCCGAAAUGUGUGCGAUAAGCAUGUAGAUCCGUUCCCUUGUGUGUAUUUGGCAUGGGGGAGAAAAUGCGUGUUGCUGGAGCCACGUGCAGGUGUGCUGGCUCCCCAAAGCUUGGUGGGUUUUCGCGUACGGGUGCCCGACGCACAAAGGGUGUGUCUCGUGGGGGAGAAUCGAACAGAUUUAAAGAAGAAUAAGAGCCAAGUUUGGGAAGGUGAGGCUCACACUGGAAAUGCCACACAGCUCAAACUUGCUGCUGUCACCAAGGAAACCAAUAAUAUGGAUAUUCUCAUGACCUUUGAUGUUCUUAACCUGGAGAAUGAACUGUGAACCAAUCUCUGUAGAGGAAACACUGCAGUGGAACGUUACCUAAAACUUUUUUAGCUCUUACACCGCAAGCAUUUUUGCGUUUUAAAGAUGUCCAAUAGCCACCUAAAAUUGGGGUUUUUAUGGGUAGGUAAACAUUUAGUAGAUGUCUAACCAUAGGCCACCCCCCCCCCCCUCCAUUAUAGGGUCGCCAUGAUUUCACAAAGUAAGAUGUGAUCCAGGAUCAACAUUUUUCGAUGGUCCUUGAUCACCUUUUAAUUAAAGAAACCCCACAUUACCCAUAACUCACACAUUAGCCAUUUUUUACCCCUCAAAUUUGUGUGAAAUAAUAGUUUAAGAAUAUUUUUUUAAAAGCCCCUAACUCAAUCUUAAAUCUAACAAUCUGUCAAUUUCUCCAGAAAACAGCGUGAGCUGCACUUAAGAGUUUACAUUUAUUUCAGACAGAAAUCUUUUGGAUUCGUUUAUUGCUAAAUUGGGACAAGUAAUGGACAGUAUCACUUUGUGGCAACACAGCAUGAGCAUUUUAAAUUCAUGUAGUAUUUUAUUUUUAAUAAAAAAAUAAAUAUUUUGUGCUUCAUAGGGGGUCCCUGAAUACUUAUAGGAGGUGCAGGACCACCCCAGCCCCCCCCUCAAUUCGAACAUUGGUCGAAAUUUAAUACCUUGCAAUCAUUUGUUGCUAUUCAAUGUUGAUUUUUGCAAGGAAGUUUGGCAAAACCGACAUGCAACGAAAUUCAAGUAUAUUUUGUCUAGAAGUGGGUUAGCUAGGCUCUAUAGUUAACCUAUACUUACAUUUUUAAGUUAAAUCAACUUGAAUUUAAAAAUUAAUUUUAACUUUCUAGUGAGGAGUUGCUAUAAAUUAUAAAAAUAAAAUUGGAUUAGCUUAAAGGGACACUCCACUUAAAAAAAAGGCUCAUUUUCCAGCUUAGAGUUAAAGGAA